CCAAAAAUCCUCCUAAAUCUAUUCGGCGGCCGCACCGCAGGCACACGCGACGAUGCCGCCGAGGCUGGUGCGGGAGCUGGGCGAGAUGGAGGAGCUCGUGGAGGAGAUCGUCACCCGCCUCCCGCCGGACGAGCCAGGUAAUCUCCUCCGCGCCUCCCUCGUCUGCAAGCCAUGGCGCGGCCUCCUCGCCAGCCACGGCUUCCGUCGCCGCUACGGCGAAUUCCACCGAACACCUCCCAUGCUCGGCUUCCUCUACGACUGGCCGAAAACCCGCGCCGAGUUCUUCCCCACCACGGAUUUCCUCGCGCGCGGUCCCGACCAGAAGCACCAAUACUCCGUGAAAGAUUGUCGCCACGGCCGCGUCCUCCUUUCGUACAAGGAUGACAAUCAGCCGACCUUCGUCGUCUGGGACCCCAUGACGGGCGGCCAAACGGUGUUGUGCCACCCCGAAAUGUCGGGGGCGAGCAGAUGGCAGGCCUCGUUGCUCUGUGCCGCGGACAGCUGCAGCCACGGUGACUGCCAUUCGGGUCCCUCUCCCUUCGUCGUGGUUUUUGCCACCCUUGACGAACAAGAGGGGGUCGCCACGGCGUCCACGUACUCGUCGGAGAUGAGUACUUGGUGCUCUCCGGCCUUAACUGCCAUUGCUCCUUUUGAGGAAGAAAUGGACUUCUAUGACUCGCCUAGUGUUCUGGUUGGAGACGCGCUCUAUUUCCUCGUUUUCCGGGAGCAGGAGGACGAGGUUACUGAAGAUAGUAUUCUCAAGUACGAUCUGGGCAAGUCUUGCCUGUUGGAGAUUCUUCUGCCGGAAGAAGAGGUCGAGCGUGCCAGCAAUAAUCCUAUCCUCAUGGUGGGGGAAGAUGGCAGGCUGGGGAUCGCACACCUGUUCUUUUACUGCCUCUCCGUCUGGUGGAGGGAGGUGGAUCCCGAUGGAGUUGCGUCGUGGACGCAACGGAUAGACAUCGACCUCAAGACUGAUCUUUUUCCCCUUGGCAAUUUUUAGGUACCACCAGAGUUGGGUGGCUCUGUCGAGGGCACUGGCAUCAUUUUUGUAAUCUCAAAAGUUGGCACCUACAUGAUUGAUCUCAAGUCACAAAGCUCGAAGAGGCUCUCGAGCAAGCUGUAUCAACAUCCAAAUGUUAGAUGGUCCCUCUUUCCCUACGUUAGCUUCUACUAUCCACCAGCGGCGGCUGGUGUUGUGGCUGAAGCAUCAAGUGAAGCUGGACACGGGAAUGAGGAAGCAUAACUCUCAAGCAAUGGAAGUUCAGUUUGCUGUUUUGGUGUUGCCUUUGGUUUGAUUUCCAUGUUACAUGGAUGAUGGGAGAGUAGUGUGAGUUGGAUGGGUGAUGGGAGUUGUGUUAUAUCUUGUUAGUAAUUAAGAACCCAUCUCUGAUUUUUAUAGCCAUGCUAUUGAUGUUUUAGUUGUUCAAACCCUGAUUUCAUUAAGCAGGGGAAAGUUGCCUUUUGUGUAAAAUUUGGCUGCAAGUUGUACGCAUAAUUAUACAUUUCUCUAUAAAGAAAGUUGUGUAUUUAAAUUGUACUA